AUGGACGUGCAGCUGGCCUCGUGGCUACCUGGCAGGUCACCUUUAUUGUCACGUGAUUUUUUGUCCAAGAUCCAAGUGUCAAGUGUGCGAUCGUCCGUUCGUGACCUGCUCCAGCAGUCGCAGGACAAGAAGCGCAACUUCAGCGAGACCGUCGAGCUCCAGAUUGGUCUCAAGAACUACGACCCGCAGCGUGACAAGCGUUUCAGCGGUACCGUUAAGCUGCCGCACGUUCCUCGCCCGCGCAUGUCGCUCUGCAUUCUCGCCGACGCUGCCGACGUUGACCGUGCUAAGCUCAUCUCGCUUGACUACAUGACCGUCGAGGACUUGAAGAAGCUCAACAAGAACAAGAAGCUUGUCAAGAAGCUUGCUAAGAAGUACGACGCUUUCCUGUCGUCGGACGCUCUGAUCAAGCAGAUUCCUCGUCUCUUGGGUCCAGGUCUCUCGAAGGCCGGCAAGUUCCCUUCGCCUGUCUCGCACGCCGAGGACCUUGAGAAGAAGGUCAACGACGUCAAGUCGACCAUCAAGUUCCAGCUCAAGAAGGUGCUGUGUCUCGGUGUGGCCAUCGGUCACGUCGAGAUGACUGAGGACCAGCUGACUUCGAACAUCAUGCUCGCUAUCAACUUCCUCAUCUCGCUGCUGAAGAAGAACUGGCAGAACGUCAAGUCGCUGCACAUUAAGGCCACCAUGGGCAAGCCCUUCCGCCUGUUCUAA